AUACAGGAAACAGUGCUGCUCUGCAAGCGAGAGUAACAGCUACACAGGCUCCCAUGGAGAAACCGGAGGUGACCAACAGUAUCCACUACCCUCCUGCCUACAACCCACCAUACCCCCAACACUAUCCAAACACAGCCGAGAAUGCAGGGCAGGUCGUGAUUCCAACAGUCUCUCAACAAAGCUAUAAUAUAGAGAUGGCAGACAGUGUACCGCCGGAAUAUACACAGUCAUUUGAGGAUGUUAACCAGUUCUCAGAAGCUUCCAUCAGACGAGGGUUCAUCAGAAAGGUGUACCUGACACUGGUGGUCCAGUUGCUGAUAACAGUUGGAAUAAUCUGUGCUUUUCUGUACUGGGACACCCUGAAAAACUGGACAGUGCGCACCUAUUGGUUUUCCUUUGCCAUGAUGGGGACAACAUUGGCUUUAGUCAUUGUGCUUUCCUGUUGUAGCGAUUUGCGCCGAAAAGUUCCCUUGAACUUCAUUUUGCUCGGGCUGUUUACAAUCGCAGAGGGUCUACUGCUCGGAUCAGUUACAGUGUAUUUUAAUGCAGAGGCUGUGCUGUGGGCAGUAGGAGCCACUGCCUUUGUGUCCUUUGGUCUCAGUGUAUUCGCAAUGCAGACAAAGUUUGACUUUACAGCAGUCAGUGGAUUGAUUUGGAUUUUAUGCUGGACUCUGCUCUCAUUUGGGUUACUCUGUGCUAUCAUUAGAUCUCAGUAUCUUUAUAUUGCUUAUGCAUCUUUGGGAACGUUGCUCUUCUCUGCUUACCUGGUGAUGGAUACACAGCUUAUGCUGGGUGGAAAGCAUAAAUAUUCCAUCAGUCCAGAGGAGUACAUAUUUGCUGCACUGAACCUCUACAUUGACAUUGUAACAAUUUUCCUGUUGAUACUUCAGCUGUUCGGCCGAUGAUAGGCUCAGCUACUGAUGCACUUUAUGUGACCAAAAUAAUAAAUUACCAUUGCUGCCCUCUGCAGUGCUGUAAUUCCAAAUGUAAUUUUUGUACUGCUUACUUACCUAUGUUUAUAUGAUUAUGGGCCUCCAUUCUACCUUGUAACUUAGAGCUUUGUCAUUGAUGACAUAAAACCAAUAAAUGUCUUGAUGCGUGGUCAUA